AUGGAAGAGUUUACAGAAUUUGCAGAAUUGGACCGCAUGCAACAGUAUGUGACAGAUGUAAGGCAAUUACAAAAACGUAUUCAGGAAUCUGAGGAAGCAGCUCAGUUUAUUAAUAAAGAAGAGGAACUUUUCAAAUGGGAAUUGACAAAAUAUCCUGAACUGGAUAAAUUAAAAGUGAACAUUGAGCCCUAUCAGAAGUUUUUCAAUCUUGUUCUGAGGUGGCAACGAACAGAAAAACGGUGGAUGGAUGGAGGGUUUUUGGACCUUAAUGGGGAAAGUAUGGAAGCUGAUGAUUAUAUUCCUACUGUCUCCAUCCUGUGUAAUCCAGGAAUGAGAACUCGUCACUGGAAGCAGAUAUCAGAAAUUGUAGGCUAUGACUUGACUCCAGAUUCUGGAACUACACUGAGAAAAAUUUUAAAAUUAAACCUUACACCAUACUUGGAAAAAUUUGAAGUGAUAAGUGCAGGUGCAAGCAAGGAAUUUUCAUUAGAGAAAGCCCUGCAUGCAAUGAUGGGAACCUGGGAUGAUAUUGCUUUUCAUAUAAGUCCAUAUCGUGAUACUGGAGUCUCUAUUCUUUCUUCAGUAGAUGAGAUUCAGACUCUCCUUGAUGAUCAAAUUAUAAAAACUCAGACAAUGAGAGGCUCACCUUUCAUCAAACCAUUUGAAAAAGAGAUCAAGGCCUGGGAAGACCGCUUGAUUCGAAUACAAGAAACGAUUGAUGAAUGGUUAAAAGUACAAUCUCACUGGCUGUACCUGGAGCCCAUAUUUUGUUCUGAGGAUAUCAUGCAACAGAUGCCAGAAGAAGGGCGUCAGUUUCAGACAGUAGACAGACAUUGGAGAGAUAUCAUGAAGUUCUGUGCAAAAGAUCCAAAGGCUUAUCCAGAAUCUGCAAGAAAAGAUUGGGUUCGAGAGUGGCCUGGCCAAGUUGUACUUUGUGUUUCUCAAAUGUUCUGGACUUCUGAGACACAGGAAGUUAUAAGUGGUGGGACAGAGUACUAUAAGGAACUUCAGAAUCAACUAAAUGAUAUUGUAGAGCUGGUAAGGGGAAAACUGUCUAAGCAGACCAGGAUUACUCUGGGAGCUUUGGUUACAAUUGAUGUCCAUGCCAGAGAUGUGGUCAUGGACAUGAUUGAUAUGGGUGUGUCCCAUGAUACAGAUUUCCAGUGGCUUGCUCAGCUUCGAUAUUAUUGGGAAUUUGAAAAUGCUCGAGUUCGUAUCAUUAAUUGCAAUGUAAAAUAUGCUUAUGAAUAUCUUGGCAAUUCACCUCGACUUGUCAUUACACCUCUAACUGACAGAUGUUACAGAACAUUGAUAGGUGCCUUCUAUUUGAACCUCGGAGGAGCUCCAGAGGGGCCAGCAGGCACAGGAAAAACUGAAACCAGCAAGGACUUGGCUAAAGCUCUUGCAGUCCAAUGUGUGGUGUUCAACUGUUCAGAUGGGCUAGAUUAUCUAGCAAUGGGAAAGUUUUUUAAAGGACUGGCUUCUUCUGGUGCUUGGGCUUGCUUUGAUGAAUUUAAUCGGAUUGAGUUGGAAGUGCUGUCAGUGGUAGCUCAACAGAUCCUUUGCAUUCAGAGAGCCAUUCAACAGAAGCUGGAAGUGUUUGUUUUUGAAGGGACAGAGCUUAAGCUCAAUCCAAACUGCUUUGUAGCCAUUACCAUGAACCCUGGCUAUGCAGGACGUUCUGAAUUACCAGAUAAUCUUAAGGUUCUUUUUAGAACAGUGGCUAUGAUGGUUCCAAACUAUGCCCUCAUAGCAGAAAUCUCCCUCUACUCCUAUGGAUUUUUGAAUGCGAAACCUCUGUCUGUGAAAAUAGUGAUGACCUACAGGCUUUGCUCAGAACAGCUCUCGUCACAAUUUCAUUAUGACUAUGGAAUGCGAGCAGUAAAAGCAGUUUUAGUGGCUGCUGGAAACCUAAAACUAAAAUUUCCAAAUGAAAAUGAAGAUAUACUGCUUCUUCGGUCAAUUAAAGAUGUAAAUGAACCGAAGUUUCUAUCACAUGAUAUACCCUUAUUUAAUGGAAUAACUAGUGACCUAUUUCCUGGUAUUAAACUUCCUGAAGCUGACUAUCAUGAAUUUUUGGAAUGUGCUCAUGAAGCCUGCAAAGUACAUAAUCUUCAGCCAGUUAAAUUUUUUCUUGAAAAAAUGAUUCAGACAUAUGAAAUGAUGAUUGUGAGACAUGGUUUCAUGUUAGUAGGAGAGCCUUUUGCUGCUAAGACAAAAGUUCUACAUAUACUGGCUGAUACUCUAACUCUUAUGAAUGAACGUGGCUACGGAGAGGAAGAAAAGGUCAUUUAUAGGACUGUAAACCCCAAAUCCAUUACUAUGGGCCAACUUUUUGGACAGUUUGAUCCAGUGUCUCACGAGUGGACCGAUGGUAUUGUGGCCAAUACUUUUAGGGAAUUUGCCUUAUCAGAAACACCAGACCGGAAAUGGGUUGUAUUCGAUGGUCCCAUUGACACUUUGUGGAUAGAGAGCAUGAACACAGUAUUGGAUGACAAUAAAAAGCUUUGCCUUAUGAGUGGAGAAAUCAUUCAAAUGUCCCCUCAAAUGAGCCUCAUCUUUGAAGCAAUGGACCUUUCCCAGGCCUCGCCGGCCACCGUAAGCCGCUGUGGCAUGAUUUAUUUGGAACCCUCGCAGUUAGGAUGGGAACCACUUGUGUCCUCGUGGUUGAAUUCCCUGAAAGGACCUCUGCAGGAACCAGAUCAUCAGGCUCUUCUGAAAGGACUUUUUGGCUGGUUAAUAAAACCCACCUUAAAGCUUCGUAAGAAAAAUUGCAAGGAACUGAUUCCUACAAGCGAUAGCAAUGUGGUUGUAUCGCUCACACGCCUCUUUGAGGUACUACUCUGUAAUGUGCUGGAAAAUGAUCCUACAAGCAAGCAUAUUCGUGUUUGGAUUAUGGCAACCCUUUUUUCCUUGCCCCUGUUACUGAACCUGUGGAUGUGCACCGGCUAUGCCGGGGAUGACCAAGCACACGGCCAUGACACCGAUCCCGGGCAGGAUCUCGAACCACAUCGCAGCGUGGUUGCCAGAGCCAAACCCUUGCCUUCCUGGCCCAGAAGUUGUGAUACAGAUGGUCGGAUCAUUUUUGAUACUUUCCUACGGUCAAUCAUACUGGGAAGAGAUGAAAACAACCCAGUGCCUGAAUCUGUGGGUAAAUGGGAAUGCCAGUUUGAUGAAAAAGGUCUGGUCUAUGACUACAUGUAUGAGUUGAAAAACCGAGGUCGCUGGCUCCAUUGGAAUGAAUUAAUUAAAAGUACUAAUUUGGGAGAAAAACGUGUCAGGAUUCAAGAUAUUAUAGUCCCUACAAUGGACACAAUUAGAUAUACAUUUCUAAUGGAUUUGAGUAUUACCUUUGCAAAGCCACUGCUUUUCGUGGGUCCGACGGGUACAGGAAAAUCAGUGUAUGUGAAGGAUAAACUAAUGAAUCACUUGGAAAAGGACCAGUAUUUCCCUUUUUAUGUUAAUUUCUCUGCACGGACCAGUGCCAACCAGGUUCAGAAUAUUAUUAUGGCUAGAUUGGACAAAAGACGCAAAGGAGUUUUUGGACCACCUAUGGGAAAGAAGUGUGUAAUUUUUAUAGAUGACAUGAAUAUGCCUGCAUUGGAGAAAUAUGGAGCUCAACCUCCUAUUGAAUUACUACGACAAUUUUUUGACUGUGGGCACUGGUAUGAUCUUAAGGACACAAGUAAAAUCACACUGGUUGACAUCCAGCUGAUCGCUGCCAUGGGUCCUCCAGGUGGUGGAAGAAAUCCAGUCACUCCCCGGUUUAUUCGACAUUUCAACAUCUGCUCUAUUAAUACUUUCAGUGAUGAAACUAUGGUCCGAAUCUUCUCAUCAAUUGUAGCAUUCUACCUGAGGACUUGGGAAUUUCCUCCAGAGUACUUUUCAAUUGGGAACCAGAUUGUCAGUGGGACAAUGGAGAUAUAUAAACAAUCCAUGGAAAAUCUUUUGCCCACUCCCACGAAAUCUCAUUACACCUUCAACUUGCGGGAUUUUUCACGUGUCAUCCAGGGCUGCUUACUCAUUGAGAAAGAUGCCGUGGAGAGCAAGCACACCAUGAUCCGCCUGUUCGUCCAUGAGGUUCUCCGUGUUUUUUAUGACAGGCUCAUUAAUGAUAAUGAUCGAUACUGGCUGUUCAAUUUAAUCAAAGCUGUGAUAAGGGACCAUUUUAAAGAAUCUUUUGAUGGUAUCUUUUCACAUUUGAGGAAGGAGAACACACCAAUAACUGAAGAGAACUUGAGAAAUCUCAUGUUUGGUGAUUAUAUGAAUCCCGACCUUGAAGGAGACGACAGAGUUUAUGUUGAAAUUCCAAAUAUUCAUCAUUUUAGUGACAUUGUGGACCAAUGCUUAGAUGAGUAUAAUCAAACUCACAAAACAAGAAUGAAUCUUGUCAUUUUUAGGUAUGUUUUGGAACAUCUAUCACGUAUAUGUCGAAUUCUAAAGCAGUCUGGUGGAAAUGCUUUGCUUGUUGGACUUGGAGGCAGUGGUCGUCAAUCUUUAACUCGUCUGGCUACAUCCAUGGCAAAAAUGCAGAUUUUCCAACCAGAAAUUUCUAAAAGCUACGGUAUGAAUGAGUGGAGAGAGGAUCUGAAGGUUCUAUUAAGGAAUGUGGGCAUGAGGGGCCAGAAGACAGUCUUUCUAAUCACAGACACUCAGAUUAAAGAGGAAGCCUUUCUAGAAGAUAUUGACAGUGUGCUCAAUACUGGAGAAGUACCUAACAUUUUUGCUGCUGAUGAAAAACAGGAAGUGAUGGAGGGUGUUCGUCCUUUAGCUCAGGCUGGCAAUAAACACAGUGAACUCAGUCCCUUGGCCUUGUUUGCUUUCUUUGUGAAUCGCUGCAAAGAUAAUCUUCAUGUUGUAGUGGCCUUUAGCCCCAUUGGAGAUGCCUUUAGAAAUCGCUUGAGACAGUUCCCAUCCCUCAUCAAUUGCUGUACCAUUGACUGGUUCCAGCCAUGGCCUGAAGAUGCCCUUGAACUUGUAGCUGUGAAAUUCUUAGAAACACUGGAGCUUACUGAGGUUGAAAGGCGAGAGAUAGUUCCAAUCUGCAAACACUUUCACACUACCAUUAUGGAUCUAUCAGAAAGGUUCUUGCAGGAGCAAGGACGACGUAACUAUGUUACAGCUACUUCUUAUCUUGAACUUAUUGCCUCAUUUCGACAGCUUUUGACUAAGAGGCGGCAAUCUAUCAUGGAAGCAAAACAACGAUACGUGAAUGGGCUUGACAAAUUAGCUUUUGCUGAGUCUCAGGUUGGAGAAAUGAAAAUGGAGCUUGUCCAAUUACAGCCCAAAUUGGAGGAAGCUAAAAUUGAAAAUGCACAUAUGAUGCAGAUUAUCGAGAUAGAGUCCGCACAAGUGGAAGCAAAAAGAAAGUUCGUGAAAUUAGAUGAAGAGAUAGCCAGUGGCAAGGCUGAAGAAGCCCAAGCUCUGAAAAAUGAGUGUGAGAGUGACUUAGCCGAGGCAAUUCCAGCCUUGGAAGCAGCGCUGUCUGCCCUGGAUACACUCAAGCCAGCUGACAUUACAAUUGUGAAAUCAAUGAAGAAUCCUCCAUCUGGUGUUAAAUUAGUUAUGGCUGCUAUUUGUGUCAUGAAAGAUAUAAAGCCAGAAAAAAUUUCAGAUCCUUCAGGAACUGGAGGCAAGAUAUUAGAUUACUGGGGACCUAGCAAAAAGCUUCUGGGAGAUAUGAAUUUCUUAAGAGAAUUGAGAGAAUAUGACAAGGACAACAUUCCAGUGACUGUUAUGCAGAAGAUACGUGGUGAAUACUUAACAAACCCUGAAUUCGACGCUUCUAAGAUUGCUAAAGCUUCCUCUGCAGCUGAGGGUCUGUGCAAGUGGAUCAUGGCUAUGGAAGUGUAUGACAGAGUUGCAAAGGUAGUGGCUCCUAAGAAAGCCCGCUUAACAGAAGCUCAGAAGUCCUUAGCUGAGAUAAUGGAGCUUUUGAAUCAGAAGAGAGCAGAAUUGGCAGAAGUAGAACAUCAUUUGGAAAAUUUACAAAGAACAUUUAUUGAGAAAACUGAGGAAAAGGCUCGUUUAGAAGACCAAGUGGAACUCUGUGCUAAGAAGCUUGAGAGAGCCUCAAAACUAAUUGGAGGACUGGGUGGAGAAAAAUCAAGAUGGUAUCAGGCUGCAGAUGACCUUCAGAUAAUUUAUGAAAAUUUGACAGGUGAUGUCUUAGUCUCAGCAGGAGUAAUAGCCUAUCUUGGUGCUUUCACUUCUGGCUUUCGGCAAAAAUGUACAGAAAAUUGGAGCAUGUUGUGCAAGGAGAAAAAAAUUCCAUGUUCAGAGGAGUUCUCAUUGAGUAAGACUCUGGGUGAUCCAGUAAAAAUUAGAGCUUGGAAUAUUGCUGGAUUGCCAACAGAUACUUUCUCCAUAGAUAAUGGAGUGAUUGUUAAUAACUCCAGGCGCUGGCCUUUAAUGAUUGACCCACAGGGUCAAGCCAAUAAGUGGAUCAAAAACUCUGAAAGAGAAAAUCAGCUUAGUGUUAUUAAGCUAUCAGAUUCAGACUAUAUGAGAACAUUGGAAAACUGUAUUCAGUUCGGAACUCCACUUCUAUUAGAAAACGUUGGUGAAGAACUGGACCCAUCUUUGGAGCCUUUACUACUUAGACAAACUUUUAAGCAAGGUGGCAUUGAUUGCAUCAGACUUGGUGAGGUCAUUAUUGAGUAUUCCUUUGAUUUCAAGUUUUAUAUCACCACAAAACUGAGAAAUCCACACUAUAUGCCAGAACUGGCUACAAAGGUGUCUUUACUCAAUUUCAUGAUAACUCCAGAAGGUCUUGAAGAUCAGUUACUAGGUAUUGUUGUUGCAAAGGAGAGACCAGAAUUAGAAGAGGAACGAAAUGCCCUUAUUCUUCAGUCUGCAGCUAAUAAGAAACAGCUAAAAGAUAUAGAGAAAAAAAUUUUAGAAACACUGUCAUCUUCAGAAGGGAACAUUUUAGAAGAUGAAAGUGCAAUUAAAGUCUUAGACUCCGCUAAAAUGAUGUCCAAUGAGAUAACAAAGAAACAGCAGAUUGCAGAAAAAACGGAACUCAAAAUAGCAGAGUCUCGAGAAGGCUACAGAGCCAUUGCUAAACAUUCAUCAGUAUUGUUCUUCAGCAUUGCAGACCUGGCUAACAUUGAUCCCAUGUACCAGUACUCUCUCACCUGGUUUGUCAACCUUUAUAUCAACUCUAUUCAUGACAGGGCAAAGAAAGAGAUUGAAUACCAGGAACUGAUGUUUCUUUUAACUGGAGGAGUAAGUCUUAAGAGUGCUGAGAAAAAUCCUGAUCCAACUUGGCUACAGGAUAAAAGCUGGGAGGAAAUUUGCCGUGCAAGUGAAUUUCCUGCUUUCAAAGAACUCAGGAAGCAUUUUUGUGAACAUAUAACUGAAUGGCGGGAAAUUUAUGACAGUAAAGAGCCAUACAAUGCUAAAUUUCCAGUACCAAUGGAUGAAAAACUAAAUGAGCUACAGAAAAUAAUAAUUCUUCGGUGCUUAAGACCUGAUAAGAUAACUCCAGCUAUAACAAAUUAUGUAACUGACAAACUAGGGAAAAAGUUUGUGGAGCCUCCACCAUUUGAUUUGACAAAGAGUUACUUGGACUCAAACUGUACCAUCCCUUUAAUUUUUGUGCUGUCUCCAGGAGCGGAUCCCAUGGCUAGCCUGCUGAAAUUUGCAAAUGAUAAAGCUAUGUCUGGAAAUAAAUUUCAAGCAAUUUCCCUGGGACAAGGACAAGGACCAAUUGCAACAAAAAUGAUUAAAGCAGCAAUAGAAGAAGGAACUUGGGUGUGCCUACAGAAUUGUCACCUCGCCGUCUCCUGGAUGCCCAUGUUGGAAAAAAUAUGUGAAGAUUUUACCCCUGAAGUCUGUAACUCGUCCUUUAGGCUUUGGCUCACAAGUUAUCCAUCUCCGAAAUUCCCAGUAACCAUCCUACAGAAUGGAGUGAAAAUGACUAAUGAGCCUCCCACGGGUCUUCGGCUAAAUCUCCUUCAAUCUUAUCUCACUGAUCCAAUUUCUGAUUCUCAGUUUUUCGGUGGAUGCCAGGGAAAGGAACUGACAUGGGAGAAGUUGCUGUUUGGAGUUUGUUUUUUUCAUGCCCUUGUACAAGAGAGAAAGAAAUUUGGUCCUCUUGGUUGGAAUAUUCCAUAUGGAUUUAAUGAAUCAGACUUACGCAUCAGUAUUCGACAACUACAGUUAUUUAUAAAUGAAUAUAAUACAGUUCCAUUUGAAGCUAUCUCCUAUCUGACCGGGGAAUGUAACUAUGGCGGAAGGGUGACAGAUGAUUGGGACAGACGCCUCCUCUUAACCAUGCUGGCUGACUUUUAUAACCCACAAAUCAUCGAAAACCCUCAUUACAAGUUUUCUCCCAGUGGAAACUAUUUUGCACCUCCCAAACGCACCUACGAUGAGUACAUUGAAUUCAUUAAGAAUCUCCCAUUUACUCAACACCCUGAGAUAUUUGGGUUACAUGAAAAUGUUGAUAUUUCCAAAGAUCUGCAACAAACAAAAGUCCUCUUUGAGUCCUUGCUCCUCACCCAGGGAGGCUCCAAACAGACAGGAUCCUCAGGAAGUGCUGACCAGAUUCUAUUAGAAAUCACCAAAGAUAUUCUCAAGAAGCUACCAAAUGAUUUUGACAUUGAAUUGGCACUACUGAAGUUUCCUGUGAGAUAUGAAGAGAGCAUGAAUACCGUGUUAGUACAAGAAAUGGAAAGAUUUAACAAUUUAAUUAAAACUAUACGCAACACUCUACAGGACCUUGAAAAAGCUAUUAAGGGCGUGGUUGUAAUGGAUUCUGCAUUGGAGGCACUCUCUGGCAGUUUACUUGUUGGGAAGGUUCCAGAAAUAUGGGCCGCACGAUCAUACCCAAGUCUUAAACCCCUAGCAAGUUAUAUCACAGAUUUUCUAGCCCGGUUGAACUUUUUACAGGACUGGCAUAAUUCAGGAAAACCUAAUGUGUUCUGGCUCUCAGGAUUCUUUUUCACCCAAGCCUUCCUAACUGGAGCUAUGCAGAAUUAUGCCAGAAAAUACACCAUACCUAUUGAUUUACUAGGAUAUGAAUUUGAGGUUAUUCCUUCGGAUACAUCCGAGAUGGCCCCAGAAGACGGCGUGUACAUCCACGGAUUGUAUCUUGAUGGAGCACGCUGGGACAGACCAAGGUCAGGACUUUGA